UGGCAGGGGGCACUUGUAUGGGGAGCGCGUGACAUCACUGGGUUCCCCUGGGGAUCCCCGCUCCCUGCCCAGAGCUCUGUGGGGUGGCGGUCGGGGUAGUGCCCUGGUGGGGAUGGGGUUUGUCUGGAGGCCCUGCUGGGAGCUGCCUAUCUCCCUGCCCCGCAUGUGGGACAGGAUGGGGUGGCCAUGCGGCAGGGUUCAGCUGUGGUAGAGAACAAGCGGCUUUGGCCCCCAGAGCCUGGCUAAAUACCCCCAGGGUGCAGGCCCCAGUGGCUCUGUGCCUCCUGGGCUCAUAGGAGGGGGAGAGAGUUGGCUGAUUCCCAUUGCUAGACACCCCCCCACCAUCCCCUUUCGCCCGGUGUCCCUCACCCCGCACAUGCCUCCCAGUCUGGGCUGGUAUCCCAGGCCUAGGGGCCAGGGGAAGGUAACGGGAGCGGUGGGGUGGGGUGUGGUGCUGCCUGCUGUGGAAUGUGCCCUGGCUGGUCUGGGCAGGCUGGGCUUUGGCUUGUGCUGGAGCCUGCUGCCCCAUGCGUGUCCCCCUUGCUGACUGCCCGCCUGCCUCUGGGCUGGGAGCUGGAGUAAUGCUGUAACCCCCAGUGUGCAGGCUGCCCAUAGCUCCCUGGCCCUCUGUGCAGGAGGGCUCGGUGCUGUCCCCUCCCCCGGCCCGGCAUGGGGGCCAACUGGGCCCAGGUUUUCUGUCAAGCUGAGUGAAGUGCCCUUGUGGGGGCCUGGCAGUGCUGGGAUGGGUCCCUCUAGCUUGCUUUUCUGUGGGGUGCGGGGCUGGACUGCAAGGCAGGCUCAAGGGGUCCGGUUGUGUCUUAAUUUCUCCUGAACGUGCUGCCCUGGAAGCAGGAGCCAGUUGCAGAUUGGCCUCUGCCUGCUGUUUGCGUGGGGUGGAGCAGUGCCCCCCACGGAGCAGUGCCCCUGGCAUGGGCUGAAGGUAGCUCCUGCUGCAGAGCCUUGGGGACGUGGCUGUUGGCACCUGCUCCCUGGGCACCGGGCCAGGAGCUGCUCAGAUCCUGACCAUGACGGAUGGGCUCAUGAGCAAAGCUGCCACGAUGGAGAUCCCCAUCAAUGGAACCGGGGACACGGGCAGCCUGCCGGAGGACGAUGGCCUGGAGCAGGACCUGCAGCAGGUGAUGGUGUCGGGGCCCAACCUGAACGAGACCAGCAUUGUGUCGGGGGGCUACGGGGGCACCGCCGAGGGGAUCAUCCCCACCAGCAGUGUCAAAGGCCCUGCGGUGCGAUAUAACGCCUCCUUCCCGGGACUGCGGCUCCUCCAUGCACAAGGCGCCUUUGUCACAUCUCAUUCCUCCCGAGGACCAUCCAUCUCACCCAGUGAAUCUGCUGCCAGCCGGAUCGCCAGCCAGGCAGAUGCAUCAGCAGGCUCUGGGCUGCACCCGCCCCACCCCAGCCCCCUGGCGGCAGGAGACGAGGCCACCCGGGGCAUCGCUGUGGAGAAGUUUGAUAUUGUCAAGAAAUGGGGUAUCAACACAUACAAAUGCACCAAGCAGCUGAUCUCGGAGCGCUUCGGCCGGGGCUCGCGCACGGUUGACCUGGAGCUGGAGACGCAGAUCGAGCUCCUGCGAGACACGAAGCGCAAAUACGAGUGUGUGCUGCAGCUGGCGCGGGCGCUGACCCACCACUUCUACAGCCUGGUGCAGACCCAGCACGCCCUGGGCGACGCCUUCUCCGACCUGAGCCAGAAAUCCCCCGAGCUGCAGGAGGAGUUUGGCUGUAACGCAGAGACGCAGAAGCUGCUGUGUAAGAACGGAGAGACCCUGCUCGGGGCUGUCAAUUUCUUCGUCUCCAGCAUCAACACCCUGGUGAACAAGACUAUGGAGGACACGCUCAUGACUGUUAAGCAGUACGAGACGGCCAGGCUGGAGUACGACGCCUACCGCACAGACCUGGAGGAGCUGAGCAUGGGCCCGCGGGACGCCAGCACCCUGUGCCGCCUGGAGGCCGCCCAGAGCCACUUCCAGAGCCACAAGGGGAAGUACGAGAAGCUGCGGGCCGACGUGGCCGUGAAGCUCAAGUUCCUGGAGGAGAACAAGAUCAAAGUGAUGCACAAGCAGCUGCUGCUCUUUCACAACGCCGUCUCCGCCUACUUCGCCGGCAACCAGCAGCAGCUGGCGCAGACCCUGCGGCAAUUCAACAUCCAGCUGAAGACGCCGGGCGCCGAGAAGCCCUCGUGGCUGGAGGAGCAGUGAGCGGCCUGGACUCUGAGCUCUGGCCGGGGCCAGGCGCCUGUGGGCGAGGGGGACCCUGCACAAGCCCCGCGGCCUGGACCCCGGCUGGGUACAUGGGGUCCCCGUGCCGCGGACGGCCCUGGGCUCUGUGCCCGGGUGGGGGCUGGAGAGGGGCCCCCGUCUGCAACUCUGCCCUGGAAGUUCGGUGCCCCCAGCCUGGGCUGCUCCUAGGGGUGCCGCGCUUCAGUGACCCCCACCCAGUGCAGCUGCAGGGCAACGGGGG